CUUUAAAAACUUUAUUGACAAGUUGGAAUAACAAACAAAUAUUUGCAUUGAUGAAGUAAUGGCGUUUCAAGGAAGUAACUAGCGUCAUGGACACGUAAGCCCGAGCUCGUCAAUAUAAGUUCAGAACUCAUCCAUUUUAAAAAUAAAUGGAUAUUGAAGACAAAUGAAUGCCAACGUUAGCUGAAGCAAAGCAAUGGAGAAGUUUGGCAUGAACUUUGGGGGCGGGCCCGGCAAGAAGGAGCUUUUGGAAACGAUAGAGUCGCAGAAAAAGCAGCUGGUGCAGUACCAGACCCGAUUCAAGGACGUUGUCAGGGCCUACAAAAGCCUGCUGAAGGAAAAGGAUGCCCUGGAAGCCAGUCUGAAAGUUCUGACUGUGUCCCAGGAAGUGGACUUGAACCUGCAUGGCGAGGCUCGACCCGGCGGGCUGCCCGAUCUGGACAGGUGCCCCUCCGACCUCGGCGAGGACAAGUGCUCCGUCCACAGCGCGGACAGCGUCGACACCGCCGCCUCCGCCGACACGGCCAAUAGCGUGGCGAGCAGCAGCACCAAAGGAGACCUGGUGGAGGAGGACCGCGGCGGCACGGGGGAGGGCGCCGCCGGGGCCGCCUACCAGAGGAGCGAGGAGGCCAGCGGCUCGGAGAGCGGCAUCAGCUCCAGCAGCGGUGAGCAGCCGACCGCAGGGGAGCCGGACCGCAGGGUUCUGCAGCUGAAGGCCCAGCUGUCCACCCUGACCAGCUCGCUGGCCACCGUCACGCAGGAGAAGUCCAGGAUGGAGGCCUCCUUCCAGGCGGACAAGCGGAAGAUGAAGCAGGAGUUCGAGGAGCUGCAGGCCAGGCUGGAUGAGGAGCGGCAGAGGCAGGAGGUGGAGCUGAGGGGCCUGCAGGAGCAGCUGGCCGAGAGCAAGGCCCGUGUGAUCACCCAGCAGCACGAGCGCGCGCAGGAGCAGGGCGACCACGCCCUCAUGCUCCGCGAGCUGCAGCGCCUCCUGCAGGAGGAGCGGGAGCUGAGGCAGGACACCGAGCUGCAGCUGGAGGACGCCAGGGAGGCGCUGCUGGAGAGGGCGGCGGCCGCCGAGCGUGGGGCGGAGUACGAGGAGCGCCUGAAGCAGGCGUGCAGGGAGAAGGAGGAGAUGAGGAGAAGCCUGCAGGCGGCGGAGGAGGAGAGGAGCAGGCCCGACCCGCGCGUGGAGGUGCAGCAGCGCGAGCUGGAUGAGCUCAGGGCUCACUUCCAGCUUCAGCUGCAACACGAGAUGAGGAAGGCUGCGCAGGCGGAGGAGCGUCUGCGGGAGCAGGCCCGGCUGGAGGAGGCGCGCGUGGCCAGCCUGGAGGAGCGGGUUUCGGAGCUGUCGGAGCUGGUGGGCGCCUGCGAGAGGGCCAAGCUGAAGGACCAGCAGACUGCGCAGAGGCUGCGCGAGCGCAUCCUGCAGCUGGACACCGAGAACAAGACGCUGGCCAUCGCCGCCUCCGCCCGCGCCUCCGCCGCCGACCUCACCAUCGACGAGGCCAGCCUGGACGUCAACGUGCUGCGCGACAAGCUGGAGACGGUCAAGCGGCUGCUCCUGCUGGCCUCCCAGCGGACCCAGCAGCCGCUGGACGGGGACAAGCUGGGGGAGGCGGAGCCGGGGCGGGAGAACGAGCCCUCGGACGGGGAGAAGGCCUCGGCGCUGUACUACCAGCAGGAGCUGAAGCAGCUGAAGGAGGAGUUUGAGCGCUACAAGACGCGCGCCCAGGCCGUGCUGAAGAACAAGAGCGCCAAGGACGGCAGCGCGGCGCGGGAGCUGGAGGAGCAGCGGGAGCAGCUGGCCGAGCUGAAGGAGAAGUACAUCGGCCUGCGCAUCCAGAGCGACGAGGCCGAGGCCCGGCACCGGGCCGAGCUGGAGGCCCGACAGCAGCAGGCGCUGCUCCUGCAGCAGGGCCACCGGCAGGAGCUGGAGCGGCAGGAGGCGCAGCACCGCGAGAGCUCCCUGCGGCUGGACGAGGAGCUGCACAAGCAGCGCGACCGCACCCUGGCGCUGCUCGCCGAGAAGGACCGCGAGCUGGAGCGGCUCCGCGCCGCCGCGCUGGCGUACGGCCUCGGGGGGCGCAAGGCCGACCCGCCCCAACCGCACGCCGACGGCGACAGCGACGACGCCGCCGACGCGGAGAGCUCCGCCCAGGAAAUGAUGGCGCUGAAGCUGGCGGGGCCCAACGAGCCCACGCUGCUGCUGUACGCCGAGCAGCUGGCCCGCAAGGAGGUGGAGCUGAGCGCGCUCAGGAGGCAGAAGCACCGCCUGGAGGCCGACGUGCACCAGCUGCAGGACAAGCUGAUCGCCCGCGCCGAGCGCCACGACGAGGAGGUGUCCCAGCUCCGCGACCAGCUGGACAAGCACGCCCGCGACACCAACCGCGAGGGGGCCAACCUGGAGUACCUGAAGAACAUCGUCUACCGGUUCCUCACCCUCCAGGACACCAGGGGGCGCCAGCAGACGCUGACUGCCAUUCUGACAAUAUUACACUUCAGCCCCCAAGAGAAACAGGCUGUGAUCAAACUGCAGGCCCAGGGCUGGUGGAGUUCUGGGAUGAGGUAACGGGUACCUUGCUGAGGCAUUAUAGGAUAGUUUAUCUAAGUUAAAGCACAUUUUUGAUGUAGACAGACUUCAGACCACUAUACGGUCAGUUUUGUAUAAAUUCUGGAGAUGAAUCGGAAAUAUGGUCAUAUAAUUCAUAACUUUGGGUGUUUGUCUCAAUAAAAUGUAAUUGGGAAAUGAUGGGAACUGAUUUCUCAUGGAUUUUAGAGGUUUGAAUAUGUUAUAGAACUGGGAAAUUCUGUCAGUUUCAUACAUUUUUUUUAUCAUUGGGAUUUCUGGCACUACAGUUGAUCAUUUUGUGGUCAAGGACAGAAUAUAAAAAGUGUGACUGACAUUGCAAACAUCAGUACUUAUCACGCAGUGAUGACAAAAACAAAGUUAUUCAACAAAACACAGCUGAAAUGGACAGUUAUCUCGUUUAUGAGGUUACAGCACCUGAAAGCAUGCAAUUCUAUGGUUGAGUUUCUCAUUUUGUCAAAUAUCUGGUCAAUUUACUGUUUAUUCAGCUUCUUUCAACUCAAUUUUUAUUUGUAUAGCUUUUUUUUCUAUUUGUAUUUUUAUUUUUAUUUUCACAAAGGGCUUUAACAACAUGUCCAAAUAUAAAUGAGAAAAGAAGUGUGGACACAGAACAGUCUGUAUUCAGUCAGAUAAUAUUGGUCUGGUCACACUCAGCCAAAGCACAGUAACGCUGUCUUAGUGAAAGAGAGGACCUCACUUGAGCUGGGAGUCAUUUUGGAGUGCAGUUUGUUCACUAGAAAUGCUUUAAGGGUUCUUCAGACAGUGGUUCCAGAACUUUCUGAGCCCAGAAUCUACUUAAUGAGGUCCAGGCUGCCCUUUAGAAUGCAGCCUGACUUUUGACCAAUGAAAAAGUUUUUAACAUGUAUCGAAACGGCUACAUGUGCGAUGUGUGCAACUAACGCAGUGUUUAAUUUGACUAGUGUGACUGUCAGUUGAAAGUGUCUGAUGUACAGUACUUUUUUUUUUCUUUUUUUUUUGUGCUCAUCUUGUGACCCACCUCACCCUCUCUCACGACCCAGUGGGACUCCACUCCCCCUUUUUUGGGGAAGAGUAUUUUCCUGCUUGUCGCAGCUGAGCCAGAUCACAUGACAUGUAUAGUGGGUCCAAUUGUUGCUAAUUUACACAAAGAAUGAUCAGAGCUGUGUUAUUUCUUUUUUUCCACAUAGCAUUGUGCAGUGUUAUGAGGGAUCAACAUUACAAAUUAUAUUUUCCUCCUUCCUUUUAAGACUUGCAUAACAUCAAAAUAUUAAAAGCAGCGGAGGAUAUACUAUUAUGAUAAUAGAUUUAGAGCAAGGCAACUUGAAGUUUUACGGUUUUAAAGAGCAUAGCGUAAGUGGUUAACUGCAUUAUGUUUGACUGUUUUGUAUAUAAUCGUAUGUUUUCCUGGCUUCAGAUAUUGGAUUAAUCAGAUAUUCCUUACUUCAUUGUAAUGACACAGAGUAUCUACUGAGAGAUGAUACUAACAGUGCUAUUGGCAUAAAUGUAUAUUUUGAUUUUUGAAUUGAUUCAGGAGAUAUUAAAAAGUAUUUUCCUCAAUGAUACAAUUCUUAUUCUGUGAAUUUAUCUCAAGUUGUGGAGAGUUCUUUGUGCUAUCAGCUCGUUGUUCAUGAACAAAGUUUGGGCAAACUUUUAGUUAUACUUUUAACAAAUAAGACCAUAAUUGACAUCAAACUCUUUUUGAAGAACAGUCUGGAUAUAAAAAACAUCUGUCAUGCCGUGAUUGCUGUUAAAAUUUCCCGCUCCUUGUUCAGAUAUUUGUUUGUCAGUGAGCUUGUAUUAAAUGGCAAUGCUGGGCAACAGUUGCUGGGGACACCGACUCAACCGUAGGAGCACGUAAUGUCAAAGGUGAGUCAUCACAGAUUAAAAUUAUACCUGCUGUUUAUACUAACAUGAAAAACAAAGUGCAGUACCUUCCCAACGGAUUCACACUUUUUUUUAAAGAUAAAGAUUUUGAAAACUAUAAAACAAGUCUUGAACAAUUUUUAUUGUUCUCAUGUGGCUUAAUGACUCAGUGGAAUCAACUGUAAUGCCAUUUCUGUAAUUAUAAUUUAUAUUCUGUAAUAAUAAACAGGGAACACAG